GGUCAGUGGAUGCACUUUUGAAGCUGUAGUCCAUGUAACUGUUCGCCAGCUGCCUUUACUGAUGGGCAUCUCCAUAGUCAGACAUAGAGGUGUCCUCGCUGUGGUCUGGAUGUUUUCAAGCAUUUGUCUGCAAGAGGGGGAGUAUUGGAAACAACACUGGUUGUUUCCCUUGUCUCCUUGGUAAUCCUUGUUAGUGGAAAGAUGCUGAAUUCAUGCUGGAAUACUCUAUUUCCCUUUCCAUGGGAGAGCUGUUGGCUAUGGGUCUGUGUAACUUCGUUGGAGGGGUGUUCCAGUGCUUUCCAGUGAGCGACUCUAUGCCGCAUAGUAUGGUGCAGGAGAGUACAGGUGGACAGACUCAAACAGUCUUGGCUGUCAUUAUAUUGGUAAAUUUGCAAGGGGUCUUUGCGCAAUUCAAAGAUGUCCUAAACUCUGGAAAUCAGACGGAUUGGAACUGGUAAGGACAGCCCCAUCCAUCCGUCCGUCCGUCUGUCCAUCCAUCCAUCGCUAGAGUUCCAUGUAGGCCUCUCAUCCAGAAUAUUUUCUGUGUGCAUUUCCCCACUGAGACCCAGCUGGUAUUCCAGCUGAUUAACCACCUAAACCAGCUCAGACCACUAAUGACUAGAGAAAUGACCUGCUUAAACCAGCUACCAUCAGAUGCUACUGUAGUUAUAGCUGAUGACAUUACCACAAGGAUUGAAAUUUCAUUGAGAGAACAAGAUCAUACCGGGACAACAUCAUUUUUAGAUCUGUGCAGAGGAGGUAUGGCAUAUGCUUUGCUGGCUGUGGUCCCUCCAGUGUUUGGUUUUUAUUCCUCCUUCGACCCAAUUCUCAUCUAUUUCAUAUUUGGAACAUCCAGACACAUCUCAGUGGGGACAUAUGCAGUUAUGAGUGUUAUGAUUGGCAGCGUGACAGAGCAUUUGGCUCCAGACUCAGACUUCAUGUUGCCAGGCAAUGACACCAACUCCACCAUCACAGACUUUGCCAGCCUUGAUGCGGAGAGGGUGAAGAUCUCUGCCACAUUAUCUUUCUUAUCUGGUAUUUUCCGGCCGUCCGAGCAGGGGUCUCGCAGUAUGAUACAGGUCAGCACUGGACGGAAGACACAGGUGGCUGGAACUGUCUCUGCUGUUGUUAUUCUGGUGAUACUGUUAAAGAUCAGAGAACUCUUUGAGGAGCUUCCAAAGGCAGUGCUGGCUGCUAUAAUCUUUGUAAACCUGCAUGAAAUGAUGAAGCAGUGUGGAGACAUUUGCUUUCUCUGGAAGACUAACAGAGUGGAUAUGGUGGUUUGGGUGAUGACUCUGAUUUUGACAGUGUUGUUUAAUCCUGAUCUGGGACUGGCUGCAUCUAUUCCCUUCUCCAUUCUCACUGUGGUCUUCAGAACUCAGCUAUCGAAAUACUCUCUGUUUGGCCAGAUUCCUGGCACUGACAUCUACAAACCAGUAGUGGACUACAAUCAGGCCAUACAGGGAACACAUUUGUAAAUCGCAACAUCAGAAAUGAUAUGGAACACUCUUGAAAAAUGACACACUGAAGAGACCCAUGCAUUCUAAAUUUGUGUAAAUUCACCAAUAUUAAGCUGUUUGUUAUUUAUUGUGUAAAUGGUGUACUGUUUAUUGUGUAUUUUGCAUGUGCCAAUAAAUCACUGUCAGCUUAAUACUUUUGAAUAUAAAAUAAUGUGGGCUUUGGAAUAGAUAUAGAACUGUAGAACUGUAGAAGUAGAACUGUUUAAAUGGCAUUUAACAUUGAAACCAGUAAUUCUUGAUAGAUUAUUCCAGGUUAUAACAGUUAUUAUAACAUUGUGUGUAUGUAUAUUAUCUGAAAAUGUUAGAAAUGAAGUAUUACACAUGAAUGUAAAACCGUUCUCUCAAGAUAUAACCAGACUCCUGGAAAGUUUUUUUUUACAAUAAGGCACAACAAUACCGCAGGUCUUUAUUUUUCCCAUUUCAGCAAUAUAAUAAAAUUCAGUGUUUGUAUUUUAGUGAGUAUAAGCUAUGUGUGCUAUGUGUUAACUACUGUACUGUAUGUAUGCAUGUGUAUUCAGAAUGACAGUUUAUCUUAAAUAA